GGUAUUGACUUCUCAUUCGUCCACUGACCAGUUGCUUUGGUUGCUUUUAUCGGAUUUGUUGUAAACGUCGCGUCCGUCGUGACCUCUCGCGAUGUUUACUUUCUUUGUAGCCAGAUAAAUUUUCAACAUCUUUAGUAAAUAGUUUAGUGAAUACCAGCGUAGAUAGUGUUUUAAAAUAGUCAUUUUAUAAAUCUCCAAUGGGGUUUGACCCUGGACUUGGGCACUGUUUUAAGUGUUUUGUUGUAUUUGUUGUUGCUUUUAGUGUUUUAGCGGAAUGUAGAAAAGUUAGCGGAGGUAGUAGGAGUUGGGGCUCAUCCUCCAGAAUUACUCACUCCCGACCAACCUAUUCAGCACCGUCCCGCCAAACAUACCACCCAUCAUCAUCUUCAUCCCAUCCUAAUCCAGUUUCGCUAUCCUACCCAACGCACCAAUCUUCUGGUAGCUCCCAAUCCAGACCCAUUGGGUUUGAUGUCAACUCCAGACAUGGCAGUAGUGGUAGCUCGGCCCCCGUAGGUCCACCUGUCAAUAGCCAGCCACUGAACAAUGCUCCAAACUUUGGAUUUAACUCUCACAGUGGCUCGCAGAGUGGUUCUGGUAGCAAUGGUGCGCCAGGAAUUGGAUUCAAGCCUUCAGUAACGCAAGAUGCUGGCAACAUCAAACCAAGCGCUCCUGUUGUGCAAAUCAGUCACUCUAGGCCUGUGGGAACAUCGAACACUGGCAGCAAUUCUAAUCCCCCGGCCUACGGAUUUAAGCCUAGCGCUCCAGUGGAACACGCCAGUAACUCCAGACCACUUGGAACGUCGAAUAGUGGUACUGGGAGCAACUCAAAUCCCCCACCAUACGGGUUCAAGACUGGUGCUCCUGUGGGCCCACCAACUAAUGUGAAACCUGUUGGGAAUAUACCGCCAGGAGCUGCCUAUCCAGUUCAACCACCUCCAUAUACACCUCACAAUCCUGGAAUUCCACCUCCAGCGUAUAACCCGGCUCAUAAUCCAGCUGGAUAUGGACCUCCACCUGCUUACAACCCUAGUUAUGGAGGAUAUGGAGGACAUUAUAACGGCUAUGGACAUCCACAACAAGGAGGAUAUCCAAACCAGCCACACUAUGGAGCUGCGCCAGGAGGCAUCACAAACGUCAACAUAAAUAAUUACAACACGCACAACUAUGGCGGUGGAGGAUUUGGUGGAGGUUAUGGAGGGGGUGGUUUAGGUUACGCCUCCUAUCCAUCGUACCACUACUCCCAUAGUGACGUAGGAAGUGGUGCUCUUGGAUUUUUCUUAGGAUACUCUUUGGCAAAAAUAACUACACCUACAUACCAUUUCACCGGAUACAGUAAUCAGUACACACCAAGGUACGACCAUUACGAAGUACACCACUAUUACCACAAUCGGGACGCCGUUCCAGCUCAAAGUACCAUCCAACCCAACGCCAUAGUAGGUUGUAUAGGCGACAGCGGUUCUAUUUGCCCUGCCGGAACCACUUCUUUAUGCACCAGCAACGGGGCAAUUUUAUGUGUAGCCAGCGCUACAAGCACCGUACCAUGUACCAACAACAGACAAGGAAACUGCGUUAGAACCACCAUUCCUUGUGUUAACGGUACUAAGGAUUGUACCACUGGUCAAAACGAAACUUUAACAAUACCCUGCAUAUCCAGUGCUAAGGUGAUGGGAAAUAUAACUUACGUUAAUAACACUAUUAUAGUGAAUAACACGACUAUUGUAAACAAUAAUGGAGCAAAUUCAACUACUCUUACGAAUACCACUGUAAGUACGACGAGCAGUGUGCAGAAUGGUACUGAUUCGCAAGAAAAUGUUACUACAACCGAGGUUCCUACAACUCUGCCACCUCGUAGUAAAAGAGAGGUGCAUUCAAUACCUGUAAACGACUUUUGCGUGACAAUUUUGGCGCUUCCAGCUGAAAGAAAACCUACUGAACAGGAAAAAGUGUUGGAGAAGGGUACGAGUUUCUUUACAAAGUUUCUAGUCAGAGCUCUUGGAGCUAAUACUAUCUAAAACUAAGAUUUCUAUUUUAAAUUUUGCUGUUUUAGUUUAAAUAACUGUUUUUUUUUUAUAUAUGUACGUAUCUAUUAAUUAAAGUUAAUAUAAAAAUAUUACAUGAUGUGAUUUGUUUAAUAAAAUGUGUUUUGU